GGGGCCGAGAUCAUGGUGGCGAAAGUGCGGGCUGCUCUGAAUGUACAUUUUCCCGGGGGCGGCCGGCAGCCUCGCGUGCUCUUCACGGACCGUGGAAACGGCUUCUACAACGCCGGCCCAAGGGCAAUCACCGAGGAGUUCUGCGGGGCGUUGAGGCGCCACGACCUGGACGCUUCUGCGCAGCCCGGCCAGCUCCAGGAGGUCAUGCUCCACGAGACCGCUGUGUCGUGGAUACGGGACAGGCUCACGAAAACGCUCCCGAAGCGGCGCUGGGAGGAGACCCUGGAGGCGUACCGCGCCCAGCUGAAGGCCUGCGCGGCGCAAAUCAAUAGCGCCUGUGACGUCGACGGCCUGUGCCGCGAGCUGCCGUCCAGGGUAAAGGACCUGGACCGCCGCCAGGGAGACCGCCUCGCCAAGUGAUGCGGCUCGCCGAAAAAUAACGCGUGCCCAACUGAAGGAAACUUUCGCACCUGUCUG